AUGAGAAUAUUCCAUGGAAAUGCAUCUCAUGUUCUUGUUGAUGAACUUGUUGAUGUCAUCAAGAAACUGUACCAGUUCUAUGUUCAUGACGCACCCAUGUCUUCGAGGCAUAAAGGCAAAUCAAAUGCACCUAGUGAUAUGGAGAUUGAUACAGCGGACCUUUUAGUGGAUAAUGGAGAUGACGAACUAGAGAGCUACCUAUAUGAGUCUAGUGGGCCAAAUGGUGCUGAAAUGAAUGAGUUGGAUAAGUAUAUGGCAGAUCCACCUCUCCGGCUUAGUGGUCAGUUUGAUGUCUUGGCAUGGUGGAAGAACCAGACUGAUGAGUAUCCUGUUCUUUCAAGAAUAGCUCAUGAUUUGCUGGCUGUACAAGUCUCUACUGUCGCUUCUGAAUCAGCUUUUAGUGCUGGUGGACGUGUAGUUGAUCCUUUCCGUAGCCGCCUUGAACCUGAAAUUGUUGAAGCUUUGAUAUGCUUGAAAGAUUGGAUUGCUGCAGGAAGAAGAGAAAAGAAGGUUGGUUCCAUUGUUUGUGAUCUUGAAGUUAUUGAGGCCCUUGUAGAAAAGUUGACUAUUGAGACAGUGAUGGAGAAAUGGAUGCGCAUGGGUCAUGGUCAGCUGCAAAUGAGCAUGAUUUCUAUGGCAUUUAAGUUGUGGUCUGCUGUAAUUUCUACUGCUCAAUCUAAUUGUUCGAGGUUUUUCUGUAGAAAUCUAGCAUCCUAUGGUGGAUUAACACCGGAUUUACGCGUGAUGGAUGAUGAGGAUGAGGUCGCUCAUCGACCCUAUUCAUAUGCGGUAAAUCGCCAACAUCAUGAUGCCAAAAAUGGCAAUUACCCCCAGAGUAGCGAUGAUGAUAGUGAUGAAGACGAUGAUAAUAAUGAUGAUGAUGAUGAUGAUAAAGGUCUCCAUAACGAACAAGAUGAUGACGAUGACGAUGAUGAUGAUGACGACGACGAUGAUGGGAAUGGAGUUCAGAGGAUAAAAAACGACGAUUAUGAAUAUAAAGACAAUUAUAGCGACUCACAGAAGCACCCAAAGAAGAAGAAGCUGAAAGCCCUAAUCCCGAGCUACGAGUUUGCUCCGCGUGUACCCCCGGCUACCACGGCUGUACCUUCGAACCCUAAGCCGUCUUACGGUGGGCGUAACCCGCUCACUGACUGGACCGAGCACGAGACCCUUGUCCUACUGGACGCGUGGGGUGAGCGAUUCCUCAAGCAGGGUCGCAAAAGUCUUAGAUCUGAAGAGUGGCAAGAGGUCGCUGAGAAAGUGUCCCAAGAGUCGAGGAUCGAGCGUACGGACACCCAAUGCAGGAACCGUUUGGACACCCUGAAAAAGAAGUACAAAAAGGAAAAAGCGAAAAUGAGCCUUAAUGAUAUGGGUUUUGCGAGUGACUGGAUUUAUUUCAAGAAAAUGGAUGCGUUACUUUCGCCCCCGCCGGGUCGGCCCGUGCUUUCUUGCGGGGUUGACUCGGGAGAUUAUGCAGGCCGGUCGAAUGGAUUGGGCGAGGCGAGGGAUAGUCCUCAGAAUUCAGGCUCGGGCAGAAGUGAAAAGGACGAGAAACUGAGCCUUCGUCCCAAGAGGAGUAAUAAUGGAAAAGACAAAUCUUUCAAGCUGCUGGCCGACUCCUUCCGGAAGUUCAGUGAUAUCUACGAGAAGAUUGAGCGUGGCAAGAGGCAGCAGAUGGCGGAGCUCGAGAGGAUGCGGAUGGAUUUCCAUCGGGAUUUGGAGCUGCAGAAGAGGGAGAUUCUUGAACGGGCUCAGGCUGAGAUUGCUCGGAUCAGACAGGGGGUAGAUGACGACGAUGAUGACGACGAUGAUGACGAUCGUGUUGUGUCGGGCUGA